AUGAGCAGUAACAGCAAGAAGCCACCGGGAGGCAAGGACGACAAGAAGAAUCCCUCCAGCAAAGAGGACAGCCCGUUGGGCAGCAAGGAAGAUGGUGGUUCAGCUUCGACGGGAAGCAACGGCGGUGCGACCGCGGGAGAGGCAACGCAGCCCGGAAGUAAGCCCAGCUCCGCGGGCGCGACCGCCAGAGAAGGGGCCCAGAGGCUGCUGGGCCUGGCGGCACGCGGGGAAUGGGCCCCCGUGGACCAGCUGCUCAAGUCUCUGGAGAAGACGGUGCAGAGCGCCGGGGAGGAUGGCUUCAUCGUGCCGCUCGCCGGUGUUUUGGACACGACGACGGGGAUGACGCCGUUGAUGUACGCAGUAAAGGACAACCGCAGCGCGCUACUCGAUCGGAUGAUCGAUCUCGGAUCCGACGUGGGAGCCAGAAACAAUGACAAUUACAAUGCCCUCCACAUCGCUGCUAUGUAUUCGAGGGAGGACGUCGUUAAAUUAUUGCUGUCCAAGAGAGGUGUUGAUCCAUACACCACUGGAGGGCCGAGACAACAAACGGCGGUUCACCUGGUGGCAUCGAGACAAACAGGCACGGCGACGUCGAUCCUACGAGCUCUCUUAGGCGCUGCCGGACGAGACAUCAGACUAAAGGUCGACGGUAAAGGAAAGAUACCUCUUCUGCUAGCAGUCGAGGCUGGCAAUCAAUCGAUGAGCCGGGAACUUCUGGCACAGCAAGCGCCAGAUCAGCUUCGCGCCACCACGCCAGCCGGUGAUUCCGCCCUGCAUUUGGCCGCUAGAAGAAGAGACAUCGACAUGGUGCGGAUCCUGGUGGAUUACGGUGCGGUCGUCGACAUGCAAAAUGGCGAUGGACAAACUGCGUUACACAUAGCGAGCGCCGAAGGUGACGAAACCUUAGUGAAAUAUUUUUACGGUGUCAGAGCAUCGGCCUCGAUCACCGAUCACCAAGAUCGUACGCCGAUGCACUUGGCCGCGGAGAACGGCCACGCUACCAUCAUCGAGCUGCUGGCCGAUAAAUUCAAAGCAAGUAUCUUCGAAAGGACGAAAGACGGCUCCACUCUGAUGCACAUAGCAUCGUUAAACGGUCACUCGGAAUGUGCCACUAUGCUCUUCAAGAAGGGCGUCUAUCUGCACAUGCCAAACAAACGUGGUGCCAGGUCCAUUCAUACGGCUGCAGGAUACGGCCAUGUGGGUAUUAUCAGCACUCUGCUGCAACGAGGAGAGAAGGUGGACGCGAUAACUAACGAUAACUAUACGGCACUCCAUAUAGCCGUGGAAAGUGCCAAACCAGCUGUCGUGGAAACCCUUCUGGGAUACGGCGCAGAGGUACAUGUGAGAGGUGGAAAACUUCGGGAGACUCCGCUUCACAUAGCUGCCAGAGUACCCGAUGGCGACAGAUGCGCUUUGAUGUUACUGAAAUCUGGAGCAGGUCCCAAUUUGACAACCGAUGACGGCCAAACGCCCGUGCACGUCGCAGCCAGCCAUGGGAACUUAGCGACACUCCUUUUACUCCUCGACGAUGGCGGAGAUCCGAUGUUCAAAUCAAAAAAUGGAGAAACGCCCUUGCAUUUAGCCUGCAGGGGUUGCAGGGCUGAUGUCGUCCGACACUUGAUAGAAUUCGUAAAAGACAAUAAGGGUCCGGAAGUCGCGACUGCCUAUGUGAACAGUCUGACCAACGAAGGUGCCAGCGCGCUCCAUUACGCGGCCCAAAUCGAACCCUCGGAAGUCGGAGCUCCGGGCGACGAUCGCGCCAUUGUUCGCAUCCUUCUUGAUAGCGGCGCGGACGUCUCAUUGCAGACCAGACAGGCCCAGGAAUCAGCGUUUCAUCACUGCGCACUCGUCGGCAACAACGAGGUUCUGACGGAAAUGAUCAGUCGCAUGUCAGCUACGGAAGUGCAGAAGGCCUUGAACCGGCAAAGCGCCGUGGGUUGGACGCCACUGCUGAUCGCCGCUCAUCGGGGUCACAUGGAACUGGUGACCACUCUCCUCGCUAAUCACGGACGAGUGGACGUGUUCGAUCUCGAGGGUAGAUCCGCUCUUCAUCUAGCCGCUGAGCACGGCUAUCUUCAAGUCUGCGAUGCGUUGUUGGCGAACAAGGCCUUCAUAAACUCUAAGUCGCGCGUGGGAAGGACUGCCCUGCAUUUGGCUGCCAUGAACGGUUACACACAUUUGGUGCGGUUCCUCGUACAAGACCAUGGCGCCGCGAUAGAUGUGCUCACUUUAAGGAAGCAAACACCUCUUCACCUGGCAGCGGGAGCGGGUCAAUUGGAGGUCUGCAAGCUACUAUUGGAACUCGGCGCAAGUAUAGAUGCCACAGAUGACCAAGGACAAAAACCGAUUCACGCUGCGGCCAUGAACAACUACGCCGAAGUGGCGCAACUCUUUUUGCAAAGACACGCUGGUCUGGUGAUGGCCUGCACCAAAGACGGAAAUACCUGCGCCCACAUCGCCGCCAUGCAAGGCAGUGUCCAGGUGAUCGAAGAGCUGAUGAAGUUCGACAGGCAGGGUGUGAUAACCGCUAGGAAUAAGUUGACGGAAGCGACUCCUCUGCAACUGGCGGCGGAAGGUGGACACGCCGAGGUCGUGAAGGCUCUGGUUAGGGCUGGCGCAUCAUGCGCUGACGAAAAUCGCGCGGGCUUUACCGCGGUUCAUCUGGCAGCUCAGCACGGCCACCUCCAGGUACUUGAAGUGAUGAGGUCGACGCAAUCUCUUAGGAUAUCCAGCAAGAAGCUCGGUGUCACCGCGCUUCACGUUGCUGCUUACUUUGGACAAGCCGAUACGGUUAGAGAAUUGCUAACUCACAUACCCGGAACCGUGAAGUCCGAUCCACCAGCCGGAGGAUCUUUGGUAGGAGAAUUAGGAGCUGAAUCUGGCAUGACUCCUCUUCAUCUGGCUGCUUAUUCUGGAAAUGAGAACGUCGUACGACUUCUUCUGAAUUCUGCGGGUGUCCAGGUGGACGCAGCGACAACGGAAAACGGCUGGAACCCUUUGCAUCUAGCUUGCUUCGGUGGUCACAUAACUGUCGUAGGUCUGCUGUUGAGCAGAUCAGCGGAAUUGUUGCAUAGCUCGGAUCGUUACGGUAAGACCGGGCUGCACAUCGCGGCGACACACGGACAUUAUCAGAUGGUGGAGGUCCUCUUGGGUCAGGGAGCGGAAAUAAACGCGACCGACAAGAACGGUUGGACACCGUUGCAUUGUGCGGCACGCGCCGGCCAUCUGGACGUCGUGAAGCUGCUCGUGGACAGCGGCGGAUCUCCGAAAACCGAGACAAAUCUCGGUUGCGCACCGAUCUGGUUUGCUGCAUCCGAGGGUCACAAUGAUGUGCUGAAAUACCUCAUGGAGAAGGAACACGAUACGUAUGCUUUGAUGGAAGAUAGAAGGGUAAGUUAUUCAUUAUCUGAUAUAUAA